AUGAGCUACGAGAAUUAUGACCCAUGUUUCCCGGAUCAACCAGUUGUCGAUCAAUACCUCCCGGUCUGGGCUAACCUUCCCUCCUUCCGGUCCAAGCCGGCUUUCAUUUGGGCAGAAGACGGUUUACCCGGUUUGCAAUGCUCCAGUCUCACUUAUGAAGCGUUAAACAACUCAGUCUACUCAAUUUCCUCUCAACUUCAACUAUCUUUUCAGAGAGGUGACACCCUCGUUAUCUUAUGCUCCCCUGGACUCGAGCUUGUUCAGAUUCUAUUUGCAUGUCAACGUGCUGGACUCACAUCGGUGCCAAUUAUCCCUCCAAACCCAACUUUUUCAAACAACGAUCACCAUCACCUCAUUCGUGUUUUGUCUCAAACACAACCAAAAGCAGCUAUUGCAAACCGGGGUUACAUUGCAAAGGUUCAAGAAUACUUAAACCUUUCCCUUUCCGAAAAUCCCUUUUCUAAACUACUACACAAUUUGUUGUGGAUAUCGGUGGAAAAUCUUAUGGAGAUAAAUGUAAGCUCGUACCGUAGCUUACAUUUAUCGUAUCCUGGUUGCAAGGUAGACGAGGUGUACUUGGUCCAGUACACCUCUGGUGCAACCGGGAUACCCAAGCCUGUCUUGGUGACAGCUGGAGCAGCUGCUCAUAACGUCAGAUUGGCGAGAAAAUCGUACGACCUUCAUCCAAAUAGCGUGAUAACGUCGUGGCUACCACAAUACCAUGAUUGUGGGCUUAUGUUUCUCUUGUUAACAAUCGUUUCAGGAGCGACUUGUGUGUUAACUUCGCCUAACGCGUUCAUUACACGACCUAGGCUUUGGCUUGAGUUGAUAACCAAGUUCAAGGCGACUUGCACUCCGGUGCCCUCGUUUACCUUGCCAUUAGUCAUCAAAAGAGGUCAUGUUUUUGAUAAAAGACUCCUUCCUGUUAACCUAAGCACGAUGAAAAACUUGAUAAUCAUCAAUGAACCAAUAUACCAAAAACCAGUUGAACAAUUUGUGGAAAAUGUUGAGCCCAUUUGGUCUAAAGGCUUCCUCGAUUUGUCCAUCCUAUGGGCUAGCUGA